UCUCACUGUCUAACCCUAGCUGUCCUGGAGCUUGCUCUGUAGACCUAGCUGGCCUUAAACUUAGAAAUCUGCCUGCCCCCGCCUCCCAAGUGCUGAGUUUAAAGAUGUGUGCCACCACCCAACAGCCUUGAAUUUCUAACUCUGCCUCGACCUCUAGAAUGAUGGGAUUACCGGUGUGAGCAACCACCCUUGGUUUAUGCCAUGCUGGACUUGAAUUCAUGCUUCAUGUAUGACGGGGAAGCAUUGUGUGAACAGAGAUAACUAAAUGCCUUGUCACUUUUUUGUUUGUUUGUUUGCUCUGAGACUUGGUCUCAAACAGCACAGACUGUCUGUACUCACUAUGUUAAAUCCUGAUCCUCCUGCAUCUGCAUUCCAAGCACUGGCUUUGCAGGCAUGUGUCACCACGCUCAGCAUCCUAGCCUGGUUUCUAAGAAAAGGCCACUUGGGAGCCAGUCCCAGGAGAAUCCCUCAUUCACUUCUGUUCCCAUCGCACCCCAGAAGCCUACCCGUGCAGUUCACAAGGUCCAUGCCUUUGGGAAAAGGAGCAAUGCACUUCGGCGAGACCCCAACCUGCCCGUGCACAUCCGUGGCUGGCUGCAUAAGCAGGACAGCUCAGGCCUGCGGCUGUGGAAACGCCGUUGGUUCGUCCUCUCGGGCCAUUGCCUCUUCUACUACAAGGACAGCAGAGAGGAGAGCGUCCUGGGCAGUGUGCUGUUGCCCAGCUACAGUGUCAGGCCGGAUGGGCCAGGAGCCCCGCGUGGCCGUCGAUUCACCUUCACCGCGGAGCACCCAGGCAUGAGGACCUAUGUGCUUGCAGCUGAUACACUAGAAGACCUAAGAGGUUGGCUGCGGGCUCUGGGAAGGGCUUCUCGAGCAGAGGGGGAAGACUGUGGACUAUCUAGGUCACCUGCACUUCCCCAGCCUGGGAAAGGCCCCGGAGGCCCCGGGGGGCCGCCGGAGGUGAGUAGGAGGGAAGAAGGGCGCAUCUCAGAAUCACCAGAGGUAGCUCGGCUCUCCAGAGGUCGUGGCAGACAUGGGAAUUACACAUCCAGCCCUACAGUUGAUCUGCAGUCUGACACAUGGAGUAGGAGGACCAGGAGCCCAGAACUGUUCUCAUCCCUCUCUCGCCCGCCUUCCCCUCUGAGCCUUCCCCGUCCUCGUUCUGCCCCAGCACGGCGACCCCCUCUCUCAGCUGGAGACAUACCAUUUCCUGCCCGACCUCACACUCCCCUGAGUCGCAUUGAUGUCCGACCUCCUCUGGAUUGGGGACCCCAAAGACAGACCCUCUCCCGACCUCCCACUCCACACCGAGGACCCUCCUCCGAAGUUGGUGGAGGACGGCCACCCAGGAGUCCCCAGCCCUGGAGACAAGAGCCUAGAACACAGUCUACCCAGGCCUCCUCUGGUUCUCCCACCUAUCUCCAGCUGCCCCCAAGACCCCCCGGGACCCGGGCCUCCAUGAUUUUGCUGCCAGGUCCCCCGACAGACUCAACUUUGCACCAGGGCUUGGAGACAGAUACUCUGCUGACCAAGCUAUGUGGGCAGGAUCGGCUCCUGAGGCGGAUACAGGAGGAUCUAGACAAGAGGCAGGAGGAGAAGGAGCAGCUAGAGGCAGCCCUGGAACUGACCCGGCAGCAACUGGGCCAAGCUACCAGGGAGGCUGCUGCUUCUGGGAAGGCCUGGGGUCACCAACGCCUACUGCAGGACCGGCUGGUGAACGUGAGGGCCGCUCUGUGUCACCUGACUCAGGAGCGAGAGCAUGUUUGGGACACGUACAGCGGCCUGGAGCAGGACCUGGGCACCUUAAGGGAGACUCUUGAGUACCUCCUGCACCUCGGGUCUCCCCAGGACCGAGCAGCAGCUCAGCAGCAGCUAUGGAUGGUGGAGGACACGCUGGCAGGUCUAGGUGGCCCCCAGAAACAGCCCCCACACACUGAGCUCAAGUCUCCAUCCCCUGCUCCCCAAGGAGAGGAGUCCUCAGAGCGGGAGAGCCUUCCGGAGUCGCUGGAGCUUAGCUCCCCACAGCCCCCUGAGGUGGACUGGGGUCGGCCUCCAGGAGGUGACAGAGCCAUCCUAAGCCCUCCCUCAGGUGUCGGGUCUCCAAGGGUCUCCCGGGCAUCCAGCCCUGAAGGUCGCCAACCCCCAUCCCCACCGCUGAGAACUAAGGCUCCGCCGGGGAGGCCUCGCAUGAGUGCGCAGGAGCAGCUGGAGCGCAUGCGCAGAAACCAGGCCUGCGGGCUUCCUCUUCCUCGCCCUGCCUCCCCGAGGCUCCUGACUCUGGGGAGGGCGCUGUCCCCAGCUGGACGCCAGCCUGACUUGGAGCAGAGGCCUGUUGUAGGAGCUGCGAAAUGGCUCAGAAGUUCUGGGUCCUGGAGUAGUCCCAGACACUCCACAACCUACAUGCCAACGUCCGGAGGUCACCGGGAGCGGGUCCUCAGUCUCUCCCAGGCUCUAGCUACAGAGGCUUCCCAGUGGCACAGGCUGAUGACAGGCUCUCCACGGGGAAACCCAGACUCCAGGGGAGGCUGUCUCCCGCCGGGCUCACAGCCUCCCAGUGAAGCCCUGCCCCAGGUCGCCUUGUCCCCGGCUUCUCGCAAGGAUAACUCUGCUGCCACAGGGGUCUCAUGCCCGGGGAGUGGGCGAGACUCGGCGCGGUGGGAGCCCAGCUGGAACCCCAGGAACACCCCUCCCACUCCACUGCAGGAUGAGGGGGCGUGGCCCCUGAGGGUCACUCUGCUGCAGUCCAGCUUUUGACUUGCCCCUUUCCAUUCCUGCGUGGCUCAGGCUGGAAGCACAGUCUUGCAGGGUGAGGUCAUUCAGGACUACGGGGAGAAGUUUGUUCCCUCAUGUGUUCUGGGAGGGCUGGGCUUACUGUGGUCAAAGACCGAUUAUCCCAACACUGUCCAAACUUGGAUUAAAACUUUGAACUACUAGUCAAUAAAUAGCUUCUUUCUCUCUGAGGUUGUGACAUUGUGCUCGGGGCCUUAGAUUCACAGGUCUUGAGGAAUCUGCCUGACUCCAUUUUGAAGACAGGAACCAUUACGAAGUAUUUUUAAAAAUAAGUUUCUAUUUACUUUGAGAGUUGAGUUGCUCUCUGUUUCCUGAACCUGAGUUUCUCCAACUCCAUAACCUUGAUUUGUUUAUGAGAAUACCUUGACCCUCCUUGACCCCUCCCUAAUCACAUGGUGAGUGGCCACAUAAUUUUUUUAAGUUUUUUAAAAUUUCCUUAUUGCCCCAUUGUCUCCCUUCUGUAAAACUACUUGUGAUUUUACUCCUUAAAAGGGGCCCAAGAGGCUGCUCUCUUUAACCUGAUUUAGCAGGCAGUCAUGGCCAGCUCUUGGGUGCACCCCAAUAAAAAAGCUUGUUUCAAAUUUGGCUCAAA